UUGAUGUUUUGUUGCAUCAGUUGCAGACAGGAGCAAAACAAACCCAAUGUUUUACGUAUCUCAGUGUGUCUGGAUUCGUUUUUAUUAUAAACUUACAAAGGGUGGUGUUGUUUGCGCAUCACAUAAGCUGUCAGGUUUCUGAAGCCCUUCGUUGGGCCAGGAAGAAGGAAGUGGAGUGGGUUUGCUGUUGGCCAGGAAAAGAAAGUUAAAUACUCCACAGUUCAUCAGAGGUCUUCGUUUAUUCUGCUCGACAUCCUGAGCUCCAGCCUCCAGGUGUUGGUGUGUGCUGUAAAGGGCGGGGAUUCAGCGCGAGCAGGACGGGAUGUUUGCUCGAAAAAACAAGCGAGCAGCGGCGCCGAAAGGCCAAGGAGCAGCAGCCGCGAAACAGAUGGGAUUGUUCCUUGAUUUCAAGCCAGAUGAUAUGAUGGAUAUGGAUCAAGAUCUUGAUGAUCCGGCUUUAGAAGCUGAAUUUGCUGCCAUUGUUGGGAAGAAACCAAAUGUGCCUACCAGGGCGAAAAAGGCUGGCAAAGCUCCAUUGCCAAUGGAAGACAUUGAAAAAAUGGCAGAGGCGUGCAUGAAAGACUUUGAUGACGAAGACGAAAGUGUGGAGGAUGAUGAAGACCUUCUGGCUGAGCUGCAGGAAGUGGUUGGUGAGGAGGAAACAGAAGACUCAGGUGCCGCAACACCAACCUCCACUGUUAGUGCAGAAACUCCUUCAGCAGAUCCGACACCAGAAAGCCAGGAAACCAAGGUUUCUUCGUUUCCUGGGAGCAUCGAACACACCUUAGAGGAAAGAAUAAGCUUGUAUAGGAUGGCUGUUACCAACGCAAAAGCUGCAGGGGAAACCUCUAAAGCUCGGCGAUAUGAGAGAGGACUCAAAACAUUACAGACUAUGCUGGCAACAGUACGGAAAGGAGGGAAGAUUGACGAAUCUGAGAUUCCUCCUCCAGUGGCAUGUGGGGGUCCCAGUGGACCCAGUCAGCCCCCAGGCCCUGCAGUGUCCCCUGAUGAGCAGGGGGAGUGUGAUAGUGCUGUCGAGAUCAGUCCUGUCUCCCCGGAGGCCGCUCCUGUUGUCAUGGAUUCAGAAUCAAACAUUAGAGACGAGUCCUCUGGUGUAACGUCUCCAGCUUCACUGUCAUCUCCAGAAGGGGACCUUGCUAGCAGUGAAGCUGAAAAGCACUUAGUAGAUUUUCCAGUCGGGCAGCCAACAAAAGGCACUCUGCUGGAGCAACAGAAGGAGUACAGGAUGGCAGCUCUCAAGGCCAAACAAGCAGGAGACAUUGACCAAGCCAAAUUGCAUAUAAAGGCCAGUAAGGGAUUCGAUUCAGCAAUUGAAGCUUUGGAGAAAGGCCAGCCGGUGGAUGUGAGCUCUCUCCCGCCCCCUCUGGCUCAAGUUACUCAAGCUGCACUUCAGACAUCUGUUAAAGUCUCUCCUUCACCUUCAGCAGAGAACGCCUCUGGUCCAGCUCAACCUAACACAAUUCUUGAGGCCCUGGAACAGAGAAUGGCCAAAUACAAAGAGGCCUUCACACAAGCCAAAGCCAGCGGCGAUGAGCGCAAAACCCGCAUGCAUGACCGCAUUGCUAAACAAUACCAGGCUGCCAUCCGUGCUCAUAAAGCAGGACGACCUGUUAAUUAUGAUGAACUUCCUGCCCCUCCAGGCUUUCCUCCAAUCCCAGGCCAAAAAGUCACUUCUCCAGAGCAGGGAUUGGCUGCUGUGCUGGAAACAGCCAAUAAGCUGACAUCCAAUGAAGCUGAAGCUAAAGAUGCUCAAGACGAAGAUGAGGAGGAAGAAGAGAAGGCUCCAAAACUAAGUGACCAAAAGAAGCCUACUCUUGCAGUGCAGCCAACAGUACAGGAGCCAAAACAAAGGACCCCUUCACCCGACAGAACUUCUAAAAGAGGAAGUCUGUCUGACGCUGCUCAGCAGCAGCUGGAGUUUCUAGAGGGCCGCAAAAAGCAGUACAUGAAAGCGGCAUUGCAGGCAAAGCAGAAGAAAGACCUAGAGCAGGCAAAGACCUUUCUGCGCACAGCCAAGGGUUUGGACCCCAUGAUCGAAGCUGCCCGCAGUGGGAAGGCUGUGGACGUGAGCAAGGUGCCUUCACCGCCUGGAGAUGAAGACGAGGACUUCAUUCUGGUCCACCACAGUGAUGUUCAGCUCUCUGAGAAGGCUGAGGAGGUCUACACUCAACUCAACAAACUACUCAAUGAGCAACACGAGAAAUGUGUGACAUACUCCAAGCAGUUUACACACUUGGGGAAUGUUGCGGAAACAACCAAAUUUGAGAACAUGGCAGAAAAGUGCAAGAAGAGCCUGGAGAUCCUCAAACUGGCACAAAACAGGGGCCUUCAGCCUCCUAAACAUCACUUUGAGGAGAGAACAUAUCGCACUGUCAGAAUCUUCCCAGAGCUCAGUAGCACAGACAUGGUUGUGGUCAUUGUUAGAGGCAUGAACCUUCCUGCUCCCUCUGGUGUUGCAACAAAUGAUUUGGAUGCUUAUGUCAAGUUUGAUUUUCCAUAUCCCAGUUCAGAGCAACCUCAGAAACACAAAACAGCAGUCGUCAAAAAUACCAACAACCCAGAGUAUAACCAAAGCUUCAAACUGAAUAUCAACCGUAACCACCGUGGUUUCAGGAGAGUCAUACAGUCGAAAGGCCUAAAGCUGGAGGUACUGCACAAAGGAGGCUUCCUGAGGAGUGACAAGCCGGUAGGAAGUGCCCAGAUCAAACUGGAAAAGCUGGAAGCUCAGAGUGAAGUCCGAGAGAUUGUGGAGCUGAUGGAUGGAAGGAAGGCCACCGGGGGUCGACUGGAGGUGCGGGUGCGUCUCAGAGAGCCUCUGGGUGGGCAGGAGCUCCAGACGGUCACUGAGAGAUGGGUAGUGCUGGAGGAGCCACAGGUCAGUUAAAGUACUACUGUAACUGACACUAUGAUUCAUCUUCUCAAAGUCUUGAGUGCUUUUGUCGGUGUGGAUGAAAAUAUGGAUGGUGAAAGCUCAGCAGUGCUGCUAGCCUCGGGUACGAAAUCACACCACAGAGAUCCUGAGGAGCUUUCCUAUCAUGCUCUCUGUGCUUCCAGACGCUCACAGAGAGACAUGUUUACUGACAGAUGACGUUAGCCUCGUCUUUAUCAGGGUAAAAGAGAUUGGGCUACGGUGUAACACUUGGGGUGGUUAUUUAAAAAAAACAGCAGAUAUUAUUAGGAAGAGAGGGGAAAUGUGCACAGACAUUUAUAUGCCUUUUAAACGGCCCUUUUGAGAUAGAUUGCCUUUUGAUUUUAUAAUAACGCUCACCCCAACUGUUACAUUAAUGCAUUGGAGCUGAAGCCAAUGAGAGCUAACCUUUUUUCUUUUUUUACUGCUCUGGGAUGCACUUAUGCACUAAUGCCAAAGUAAUCACUGCUGCUGCAGUAAGAUGAAUGACUCAAUCUGUUCUCCCUAUUCCAGCCAUAUCUCCAGUACUAAUGUAUGACUGCUAUGCAAAUCAGUUGUAUGCCAUUAACUAUGCAAAAAAAAAAAGGUUUGCGUUUAAAUCCCAAACAUUUCAGAAUUAAUUUAUACCCUCUGUGAGUUGACUGCACAGUUUAUUAUGGGCUGUGCCAAAGUACUGCUGUUGAA